CUCGGGCGCCCCCUGGCGGCGCGCGUGAGGCGGGCGCGGCCAUGGCGGCCGCGGGCUGCGCUGCGGAGGCGCCUCCCGACGGGCGGGAGCCCCUGCUGGGGUCCGCAGGGCCCGCGGCGGGUGAGGACCAGGAGGAGGAGGAGGAGGAGAGCAGGGAUGUUGUGGAAUCACAGGAGCAUUAUAAGAGCCGCUGGCGAUCCAUCUGGAUCAUGUACCUGACAAUGUUUCUCAGUAGUGUAGGUUUCUCAAUUGUAAUUAUGUCUGUGUGGCCGUAUCUCCAAAAGAUUGAUCCAACGGCGGAUGCGAGUUUCUUGGGCUGGAUUAUAGCUUCAUACAGCAUUGGCCAAAUGGUUGCCUCUCCCCUCUUUGGCCUCUGGUCCAACUACAGGCCCAGGAGAGAGCCUCUGGUCAUUUCCACGGCUAUUUCAGUAGCUGCUAAUUGUCUCUAUGCCUACGUCCACGUGCCCCGUGCCCACAACAAGUACUACAUGCUGACUGCCCGCGCUCUCGUGGGGUUUGGAGCAGGAAAUGUGGCUGUAGUUCGAUCAUAUAUUGCGGGUGCCACUUCUCUGACGGAAAGAACGAGUGCCAUGGCCAACACCAGUGCCUGCCAAGCAGUUGGCUUCAUAUUAGGCCCAGUUUUUCAGACAUGUUUUACGCUUAUUGGAGAAGAAGGAGUAACGUGGAAACUCCUUUGUCUUCAGCUGAACAUGUACACAGCACCAGUGUUGUUUGGAGCUCUCUUAGGAGUUAUUAAUAUUAUUCUCAUCUUUGCCAUAUUCAGGGAGCAUCGAGUGGAUGACAUGGGACGGCAGUACAAAAGCAUCAAUUCUGACGGAGAAGGAAGUGAUGUUCUGGAUCAGAACACAGAAGGAAGCAUUGACCACGUUGCUGUGGUAGCACUCAACGUUCUCUUCUUUGUCAUCCUGUUUGUGUUUGCUGUCUUUGAAACUAUAGCCACUCCACUGACAAUGGAUAUGUAUUCCUGGACCAGGAAACAAGCUGUUUUUUAUAAUGGGAUAAUCCUGAGUGUGAUUGGCAUUGAAUCAGUUAUUGUUUUCAUGGUGGUUAAAACACUAUCAAAAAAGACUGGUGAGCGUGCCAUACUCCAUGCAGGCUUACUGAUAGUCUUGGUUGGAUUCUUUAUCUUACUGCCUUGGGGGAAGAAACUACCAAAUAUCCAGUGGCAAGAAAUAAAGAACAACUCCAUUCCCAGAACAGCCCCCAGUGAAAUGUUAGUGCCUUUCUGGAGUUUGCCAGAGCUGCAGCUACCAUCCAACCACACAGCAGAACCUGUGGGCUGCCCUGUCACACAGUCCUGGUGCCUGCACACUCCCAUGAUCUACCUGGCCCAGUACAUCAGCUCUGAUGUGCUCAUAGGCUUGGGCUAUCCUGUUUGUAAUGUCAUGUCCUACACUUUAUACUCAAAAGUCCUAGGACCAAAGCCUCAGGGUGUCUACAUGGGAUGGUUGACUGCCUCUGGAAGUGGAGCACGGAUCCUUGGGCCUGUUUUUGUGAGCCAAAUCUACACUCACCUGGGGCCACGCUGGGCAUUCAGCUUGAUCUGUGGAGUAGUUGUAGUCUCUCUCUUACUCUUGGAGAUCGUAUACAAGAGACUAAUUGCAUUUUCUGUCAGAUAUGGGAGGAUGCAGGAAGAGAAUUGUUAAAUACAUAUUUUAAAAAACCCCAAACAGUAAAACCAAGCAGAAGUAAUACUUAGUUUAUUACUGCUUUUGAAUGAGGAGUACCUAACCACUGACCUUGUUGGAUGUGUGCUAACAACUGUACACCUGUACUUACACGUUGACAGAACAUUUAACUUGGUCAUACCCCAAUACCCCCUGCUGCAGUUGGCUUCUGUGUCCUGCUUUUCUAGCAGCAGAGGAAGGAAUGUCAUGGGUCUGAGUGAGACUGUGGCACAUUUGAAGUGUGUACAGUUUGUGUGAUGUACAUGUGCACUGAGGGCAGCUGUGAAGGUCACAGGUUAUGUGCAUCCUUUCCAGAAACAAGUAAAAGAAAUAUCUUGAUUCUGUGAAUCAGGAUUAGUAACUCUUUUGUAACUACAAGAUUAGUUGAGCUGCAUGCACUUUGUAUGGAGACACCACUGCUUGAGCAAACCUUCUGAUGUUGGGUUUGUUGGCGUGUAAGCACUGGUUAAUACAAACCACCUGGUUCUGGAACCUGUUACCUCUCCUCCAGGAUUCCAAAUGACAGGUGACAGAAACACAUAGGAAGAUAGGUGCCCUCCACACAGGUAGUUGAUGUGGGAUUUGGGUCUUUAAGUUGACCAAGAGCCAUUGAAAAUCAGUUUCAGCACCUGUUACUUGAACUACAAGGAACCAAAUGUGCAAUUUUUCCUCUACUAUUUUGCUGAAUGCCUUUUUGUAGCAAGAAGGAUAACCUGCAGCAUUGAUAUAUGUACAGCUUUUCUUAACUACAAGAAAAAAAAGUCUAAGCACAAUAGUUUACACUUUUGUGCUUGGUGGGAAUGAAUGCACUGUGCUGAGCAGUGGCAGUUAAUUAAGUGAAAGGAGAAAACUGGCUCCUGGGUGUUCACUAUUAUCUGCAGACUUGUAUUUCUUCUGAUAUUAGGGUACAAGAAAUGGGAAUUGACACUGUUGUAGUCAUUCAGGCUUCAUUUUAAAAAGUGAGACUCUAAUCUUCCUUCAUAAAGAGGCCUAAGCUCAUCUGUAUGGGUACAUUUAGCUGUUUUAAUGCUACUGGGGAAAAAAAAAAAUCUCUGGAGUAACUCCAAUUUGAGAGUUGUGGCUGCUGUCUAAUGUCUCUACUAUUUGAAUUUAACAAAUGUAAUUAUUAUUCCUAUACACUCAAUUGUUCAAACACUAAGAGACUACUGAAUUAAAAGAUGAUUUUUCAAUACUGAC